AAGCGAGAUGUGCGCCCCGCAGUCUGCAAGCAUCUCAUUCAGACGAGCAGCACCAGCAGCGGCGGCGGCUUAUCGCGAUGUCACACCGGCGGCGUUUUCUCCAUCUGAUGUGAAACACCCGGGCUAGUUUACUGCACAUUUAUGUUUCAGUUUAGCAAAUUCAUUUGGAGCCGAUUGUUGUUAGAAUGCGUCCAGGAGCGCGUCCCCCUCCUCUCGACGCUGUGCAGUCCUCCAUGUGUCUGUGUCUCAUAGUUUUCCUGCACUGUGUUGAGGCUGCUGUAUCUGAAGGCGCUGUUUACAAUGGGGAAAAUAAUCAGAGUUCACCGAGGAGCAUCCUUGAGCACGUACAGAGUUAUGAGAUUACUUAUCCCCUAUGGCUGCAUCCUCACAGACACAGGAGGUCUGCCAAGAAAGAGAAUCCUGCAGAGGCACAAGUUCUGAUCACAGCUGAGGGCCAGGAGCUCAGACUACACCUGGAGAAAAACGAGCAGCUGUUGGCCCCUGGAUAUCAGGAAAUAUGGUACACUCCUGAUGGAGCCCGCAAGUCCUCCUCUCCUGCCAGCACUGGACACUGUUUCUACCAUGGGGAGGUACUGGGCAUGGAGGGCUCAAGUGUUGCUGUUAGCACAUGCUCAGGACUCAGGGGACUGAUUUCUCUGAACACAAGCGUCAGCUACCUGAUAGAGCCUCUUUCCACGGAUGCACAGCAGCAGCACGCUGUGUUCAGAGCCGAGCGUCUCCAUCUACCCAGAGGUAGCUGCCUGCAUCACCAUGGCGACAAGCAGCGUGAGGAGGGGUUUAAAGACUUCAUCCAUGGAAUGACGUCACCACGGAGCGGGAGGGAAAGAAGGGACCUGAGCCAGAAUAUGAAGUAUGUAGAGCUGCUGAUAGCGGCAGACAAGGCUGAGUUUGAGAAGCAUGGGAGUAGUCUCGAGAAGACCAAACUCAAAUUACUGGAAGCUGCCAAUUUGGUUGACAAGUACUACAAGGCUUUGAGCAUCCGUGUGGCGUUAAUUGGUCUGGAGGUGUGGACCAGCCAGGACAUGAUCAGCGUUUCAGACAGCCCUCACAGCACUCUGGCAGCAUUCCUGUCCUGGAGACGCAAGCAGCUCCGAUCACUCCCCAACGACAACGCUCAGCUCAUCACGGGGAGGGCGUUCCAGGGCACCACCAUCGGGCUGGCACCUCUCAAAGCCAUGUGCUCCGACUACCAGUCUGGUGGAGUGAACACGGACCACUCAGAGUUAGCUGUGGGUGUAGCUGCCACCAUGGCACACGAGAUGGGCCACAACUUUGGUAUGAGCCACGACAGUACUGGCUGCUGCCAGGCGAAGGCCAAGGACGGUGGUUGUAUCAUGGCUGCUGCUACUGGGGAUCCAUUUCCACGUGUGUUUAAUGAUUGUAACCUGAAGGAGCUGAAGAGCUACCUGAGCUCUGGAGGAGGGAAGUGUCUCUUCAACCUGCCAAACACCAGAUCCAUGUAUCAAGGGCAGCGCUGCGGUAAUGGUUACCUGGAGGAUGGAGAAGAAUGUGACUGUGGAGAAGAAGAGGAGUGUACCAGUCCCUGCUGUAAUGCCAACAACUGCACUCUGAAAGCUGGAGCUGAGUGUGCCCAUGGUGUCUGCUGUCAUAACUGCAAGUUGAAGAGCCCAGGUGUGCUGUGUCGUGCUCCCUCGGGUCCGUGUGACCUAGCAGAGUACUGCGAUGGGAAGGCAGAGUCUUGUCCUGCUAAUUUCUAUUUAGUGGAUGGUACGUCGUGUGCAGGCGGGCAGGCCUACUGUUACACCGGCAUGUGUCUGACCCUGGAGCAGCAGUGUCAGUCUCUCUGGGGACAAGAUGGCCGUCCGGGCCCUGACCUGUGUUUUAAGAAGGUAAACGAAGCUGGGGACAUGUUCGGGAACUGUGGCAAAGAUCUGCAUGGAAAGUACAGGAGCUGUAAGGACAGGGAUGCUCAAUGUGGGAAAAUCCAGUGUUUAACUUCAGCCACCAAGCCCAUUGAGAACAAUGCUGUUUGCAUACAAACCACUGUCAGUGUGGGCAACAAGAAGAUCAAGUGUAUGGGAACACACGUAUACAAGGCUGGGCAGACUGAUGAUGAGGAACAGGGUGACACUCUGGACCCGGGCCUGGUCAUGACGGGCACCAAGUGUGGCGAUAACUCGAUUUGCUUUAAUGGAGAAUGCCGCAAUGCAUCUUUCCUCAGAGCUGAUGAGUGCAAUGCCAAGUGCCAUGGACACGGGCUGUGCAACAACAAUCAUAACUGCCACUGUGAUGCGGGCUGGGCUCCCCCUCUGUGUGACCAGAAGGGGUCUGGGGGUAGUGUAGACAGUGGACCUGUCAUCAGCCACAGCAAUCUCCUUCCAGUCCUGCUGGUCCUCCCCUUGCUUCUCUUUGUGGUUUUGGCUGCUAUUGGACUGUGGUGCUGUAACAGACAUAAACUCCACCCACUGAAAACCUCUGCUCCGCCUCCAGUGCCAACUUUAGUCCCGGUCGAGGGCAAGUCUCUGUAUGCCGACGGUCAUGUGAACGGUCACGCUAACCCGGCAUUCUUGCUAAAAAUACAGGACUCAGACCACCUGGGGAAAUCCUCUCCUCGUCCGAACCCGUCUUGUUCAACUCGGUCCAGACAUCCCAUUGUGCGUCCAGCAGUGAAGCCUCCUCCCAUACCUGUGAAUGCUGCAGUGACGAAAGAGCAGACGCCUCGGCCCCCGAUCCUGCCUGCAGCUUCUCCUCAGAGACAAUACUCUCCCCAGGCUUACACUCCACCUCCCAUUAAAACUACACAGCUGACCGAGCAGAGACGAAACCAAGCUCCUCCACCACCUUCAGGACCUCCGCCUUUACCUUCCCUGGACACGAAAUCCCCCUCACAGCAUUCAUCAGUACCCAAACCCCGACCAGACCCCCCAAACAGACCUCCACCGCCUUGUCCUGGCAACAAGCCAUCAGUGGGACAGCAACAAAUGAAAGGCCUGCAGGUUACCACUAAUGCCCUGCAAAGAGGAAAAUCUGCUUUGGCUCCAUCUGCUGGACAUAAAAAGCAAAACAGAAUCUAAGAGCUCAGGGAGACAUUGGGGACUACCACUUACAAUAAUGGACUGCCUCAAACUGCCUUUUUGAAUAUUAGUGGCUGACAAAGAAAAUAUGGGAUGUGAUAAAUACUUGACACUCUGGGUCUGUUACACUGUUAUUUACACUGAUGUGUAUUGAGGGAAAAUGGUAGAAUUACAGAAGGUCAUAGUACAUAUCACAGUGUUUUAAGUGUUUUGUAAAUUAGCCCUAUGUGUCUGCUUUAACAACUUGAAACAGCCAGAGCUGUGAAUUUAAGAACUUUUUUUUGUUAUUAUUAUCUCAGAAGUUAAUGGAAAUUGUAAAAUUCCAUGUGUGCAGCAGUGCUGAAACACUGUUCCAGGAGUAUUUAUUCACAAAGAAAAAUGAAUGUUUACAGUGUAGCCUAUGUACUAAAUAUGGUGUCUCUUAAAGAGCAUCAGCUGUAAAGGGAUAUCUUAUAUUAAGAAAAGAUGCCAAUAUUGAAGUGCUUACGCUUCUUAUGUGUAAAUAAGAAUGGGGUUCUAGCUGGACUUAUGGAGGCCAGUGAAAGCCCUUCAUGCAUGCUAGUAAAUGCUUAUGAUGAGAGAUAUGUGUCUGAUAUGAAGCAGGAAAUGUUAGGGAUUUUUUAUUUCUUUUAUUAGUUUUGUUUGAAUGAUUUUAUAUUGUUGUGGUGUUGCACUGUUUAGUACCAAAUACUCACUCAUCCCUCCACAAAGUACCAACUAGUAAUAGUCACCUUUCAAGCAGAAAGGAGGUGAUUAUUUGAUACCAAAAAGAUUUUGGGUGAAGUAUCACUUUAAGAUGACCAUCUUCUUAGUUAAUCUUAGUUCUGUCACUGACAAUCAGUGAUGAAGUUGUCUUUGUCCAGGGCAAUAUUUCAAAUCAUUUCAAAUGAACAAAAUGAUUAUUUGCAUGUAUCAGUUAAACAUCUCAAAAUUUCACCAUAAAUUGGAAUAAUUUUGCAUGUUUGUCCAAAGAUGUUACUAAAACUGUUCAUUGUGAGUUCCCUGAUGACCAAAAUGCUAUAAAGCUACUCUUCCAUCUGAGAAGACUAUGUUAUAUGACUGCAGGCUAUGUAACAGUGAUAACUUUGGCAUCACUGAAGGUACUGUUAAAAAUUGAGGUGCAUUUGACUGCCUGGGGGAUGAUCUGGUUUUAUCUGUAAUAUGGAAAUACAGUCUGUCAGCUGCCGUGUUUUACCUCCUUAUCAGACAUGAAAACCCUGGAACUGUGCAACACUGUCUUCAACCGGAAUUCAAAUAAACAUGUGGAAAAAUAAAAAUAAAAUGUUAUACAUUUUAA